CGAUCGCACAUCUUGAAUCAAAAUUAAAGUUUUAGUCAUGAAGGUUAUGGGAUGGUUAUUUUUUAAAUGUCAUAAGUUUCACUAUCCUCAGACCUCGUCAGUUCUCCAAUAAUUGAGCUUACUAAAAAAAUAUAAACUAUCCCCAGACCUCGUCGGUUCUCCAAUAAUUGUAAAUUACUAAAAAAAUAUAUAAAUAUACUGAAAAAAGAAGCUGAACAACAAAAAAAAGUAUAUCAAUACAGUGUAACAGCGUCUACAAGGAUUCAAUUAAAUCAAACAAUACGCUAAGCCAAAGUUAAAUUUAAAUAAGAUGAUUUUUGGACUAUUUGAGAAUUUUGGAAUUUAUGAUUGUGUUUUAUUCUUAACAUUAACGUAUGUGGCAUAUUACUAUUACAAAUAUUUUACUCGUGAAAAUCCUUUACCUGGUCCAUUCCCAUUCCCAUUAGUUGGUAAUUUUCCUCAAAUUUUGUGGUUUAUCGGAAAUAUUGAAAUGUUUUUUAAUUGUUGUUACAAGAAAUAUGGUGACAUAUAUGAGAUUUAUACUAUAAAUAUACGAACUAUAGUUUUAUGUCAAAGAAAAUACCUUGAUAACAUUUUAUCAAAAAAUACACAUGAAAUGAAAAUUCCAAAAUGCAAAAUACUAACAAAAGAAUUGGGAAGUGAAGGAAAAGGAUUAACGUUAAAUAAUGAUUAUAAAUCGUGGAUGUUUAAUCGUCAUUUUUUUAAUCAAGCUAUUUUGUCACCAAAAUUUACUAAUGAAGCUAUUGAACAGACAAACAAACUUUUCAAUGAAUUAGAAAGUUAUUGGAGUAAAUUAUUUCUUAAAGAAGAAAUUAUUAAAGAAAAUAAAAAUAUAUUGAAUUUUUCUGAAUGGUUUCAAUAUUACACAAAUGAUAUUACUAUUAAAUUGUUAUCUGGUAAAAGAUCUUAUUCAAUGGCAACUUAUUUUAAUACUCUUAGUGAUGAAAAAGCUGAUUAUCCUGAAGAUGCUGUGAAAUUGUCUCAAACAUUUCAUAAACCAAUUACGGAAUAUUCAAUAUUUUUCGUAGUUCCUCCUUUCAUACGACAUAAUAUUCCAUUUUUUAAAAAUAAAGCAAAUAGUAUACUUCAAACUUUGGAUAAUGUCAAUCAAACACUGGAUGCAAUAAUUAAGAGUCGUAGACAAGAAAUUGAAGAUACAUCAUUGAAUGAACCCUUACAGAAUGAUAUGUUGACAUCGAUGAUCAUCAAAAAUACUCUUCGUGAUAAUAAUUAUAUCGAAACUGGUGAAGCCAUGAGAUCUUUGACUGAUGCCGAAAUUCGCGCUAAUAUGCAAGAAGCAAUUAAUAGUGCAGCUUUGAAAAUUGGGAAUAUGCUUUCAUUCAUUGUUUAUUAUAUUGCACAUAAUCCAGAUGUGAAAAAGAAACUACUAGAAGAAAUUGAUAGUAUAUUCCAAGGUGAUAAAAUAAGACCAAUUACUAAAGAUGAUUUUUAUAGUUUAAGUUAUUGUGAAGCAAUUGUAAAGGAAGUAGCUCGCAUUUUUCCAGUAACACACUUGAUUACAAGAUAUAUUGAUAACCCUAGCGAAACAGCGGAAUAUCAUUGGCCAGCUGGCACAUUGUUUGUAAUUAAUUCUAAAGUUAUUCAAAAUAAUGAUGAUGAUUGGGAAGAACCUAAUAAAUUUAACCCUGAUAGAUGGAUGGUUGAAAAUUUUGAGCCAAAUAAGAAUUCUUUUCUUAUGUUUGGUGGUGGAUCAAGAUUUUGUCCAGGAAGAAAGUUAUCAAUGAUUGAAUUAGUUUGUUUGACGGCUUUAAUUUUUAGAAAAUAUGAAGUUGAUUUAGUAGAUAUGAAUGCUCCUAUUAAAGUUACCAGUGAUCCCGGUUUAGUUAGAUGUCUCAGUUUAUUAGUUGAAAUUAGACCAAGAAAUUGUUAUGUUGGUGCCGAUUAUUGA